AUGAGCGCUGCGCAUACAUGCUUUCGCAGAAUCCUGACACAGGCUUUCCGCCCAAGCGCGCGCGGUGUCGCUACGUCCUGUUCUGUGCCCGCUUUCCUCGUUCCGACCCUCGCCAGACCCUCAAAACGCACCUUCACAUCGAGGAAACGCCGCUCCCAAGAUGAACAUACAUUUACGCAAUCGCCAGCCCAGCAUACCCAGGAUGCAAUUUUUCAAGAGCUUCCACCGAAGCCAUCGGAAUAUAUCCCUUCAUCCAUACCAUUCCCACCCACCGAGACUCGUAGCCAUGUCGAUGCAUGGUUUAACGUAAUUGACCCAUUCCUCCCGACCCCGUUACGACACAAUCCAGCGGAUAUUCCAGAAAUACCCGUGACCUCACUAGAUCUUGCUAUUUUUCUCAAUACCGCCCACGAUGCCUCGGUGGACAUUCUUGACCACCUCUGGCAGAGAGGGCUUUGGCAGAACUUGAUAUGGAUGGUGAAGAAGCUCGUUGAGCACGAACAGGAAUCGGUUGACCUUACAAGCCAGUUGGUACAUCAUCCAAGCCAAACAUGGAAGGGUAGCGAGGGCCAGUCUCUACAAUUGCUCACCAAACGUCCGAUCAGACUCGAACGAGCACAUCCCUUGUCCAAACUGAAUCUCACACUAGAUGUCCUAGCCUCUUCCCCCGAUUCGAUAAAAUAUAAAAGUGUUUCUAUAAAGCGAGCAAUGGGGCUAGUCUGGAGGACCCUGGGCAACAUGAUAUUGACGGCGGCGGAGCAGAGCAACCAUGGCCAGGAUACCAUUAUGCCAUAUGUCUUGGAAAUAGUCGCCCAUCUGCAUCAUCUAGGCCUCAUGCCGGACUCUGUAUACACGUACCGGGCCCAUGAGGAUAAAACUGCUCUGCAGCAGCCUCCCACGUUGCACAUGCUAUCGUCUAAGAUCCUUACAGCUCUGUCUGAUGCCACUUGGAAGGCCCACGAAGCGUCUGUGAAGACGGCAAAGGAGCGUGCGAACGCUCAUUACUUUCUUGGCCACGAAAUACCAGGGUCUCGGUACAAAGUCCAAGUCACAGAGGUCGCCCCGGAGUUAUGGCUGGAGCUUGUUUUGUGGUCGUGUUUAUAUGGCGGCUGGAUACUGGAUGGUACUGCGAUAUUAGAGCGAUUGGCGACCAAGCAAGGGGAUCACAGCUGGGGACUUAUCAGCUGGCGAGAGAUUAUGGAAGCGGAGCAAAAGAAAAUGCCAUUAUCGAAAAGAAUUUGGUCCCUACUCCCAAUGAACGACAACGCUUCUGCAAGUGCAGAGGAUCGAGCACGGACCCGAAGAACAAUAAGUAGUGAAAUCGUUACAGCAUUCGUGGAUGGACUUGUCAACCAGAUGCGUGUAGGAGUAGGAAGUCGUGGCGUUGACCCAGAAUGCCUGAUUACAUCCAUCAAGACCCUCAAGGGCCUGAUGGAUAUGAACAAUCUCAGCCUUGGAUCAUCAGCUUGGGACUCAAUCAUGGCGCGUCUCCUCGAGUCUGGGGGAUUUGUACCUGAGAAGCGGCCCGAGCUACUAUUGCGUAUUGUUGAGCUUGCCCCAGGGUUUGGCGCUGAGGUUAGUGCUGCAAAUGCGUCUUCCACGGCCGAGACUGAAGUACCCUACUUCUUCGAGCCCACUACCCUUACACUCAGUUUGCUACACAGGGCGAUGCGGACAUUUCUCGCAAAUGGAGAUAUCAAGAGUGCGGUGACAACCCUAGAGUUACUACAGGGAUAUGCCGACGACAACAAGCAGAAAUCGGUCCAGCGGUUCUUUGAGCUGCUACGGAGCAUCCCGCAAUUACGAUACAAUGAGCCUUUCACAAGCCAACUGCCGCCAGUCGAGUUUCCAGCCUUUGACAUCAAGCUGCCAGUACCUCUAUUAGCUCGUCUGCUGGACUCAGUCACUGAGGCAAAGCUGUAUGAUCUUGGCCGAUGGCUGCUCUUUUCGGAAGACUUGGAUGGCCCUCUUAUCGGCCGUGAGCUUUACGGUCAUCGCAAUAUCUCUGCGUCUAUCAUUCGCUUUGGUACGUUGGCUGGAGAAAAUGAUCUCGUAUUGGAUGUCAUCAAAAGAGUUGGGAUAUGGAACGAGCAACUCCAGCAGCAGCGAAUGCCAGCUGAUAUUUUAAUAUCAUUGCUCUGCUGCCAGAUACAGCUCCGGCGAUGGGAAGCCGUGCGAGGCAUACAGAGCUACAUAGAGGAGACCUCCCUUCUCAGGUUCAAGCCACGAUCAAUCAUCCUUUCAACGUUCGUUUCUGAGCUUCUUCGAACUUCCAGUGGCACUGAAGAUGAGAUACUACUGGCCCAGGAAGCCUUCACUGAGCUACUCUUUGCAUGGGAAGAAAUCAUCAUGAGGGAAACACGCUACGAGCUUUACUCCAUACUUUCAAUCAUGUCUACCGUGGAUGAAAGUUGGAAAACCUACGGCUCUCAGUUUCUAGCAUUCUCCUUGCGUCAAGAAGUAAAGCUCUCUGCAGACGACUUCAACCGAUUACUUGCUGGUAUCCUUGACGGAUAUGGCAGUAGCAAGGGUAAGGCGGUUGUCGAAAACUGGUGCUACAAGCCACCAAAGACUUUUGAGCCAUACCGAUCGCCUGGUGGACUACCCACUAUGCCGAGGUACCGCGUCACCAAGGUUGACAGCUACGAGAACCGCCCAGACGACAUUGAACUUGUCCAGGAUUCUGAAGCUAGAAUCGUCCUUCAGGGCCGCGUCCACCUAAACCGGCAGACGGUCUGGACCAUCAUCCGAAAAGUGGAGGAGGAAGUGGGUAUCAAGAGAGAAGGCGGCAAAGACCUAGAAGAGGCCACGCGGAUAGAAGUGCGCGAUACGCUGCAAUGGGCUGCGCGGUUGCUCUACUAUCUUGGGUUCAACUACGAGGACAUCAUGCGCGAUCUGGGCAAUCUUGGGCUGUUGGCCGAGAUUGAUGGUCCCGCAGCGCUUGAGCUUACCGGGCAUAUUGAAGGUGCCGAUCAGGUGCCGUAG